GUGUUCUGUUGUACCCAGUGCAGUGACCCCCUAGCACUUGCAUGCCUAUGGCACGCGGGCCUUCCUGCACCAGCCAAGGUAGGUGAACUGCACUGGACCCUCACACAACGGAAAGAAGCACAGUGCGUGCCUACAGAUAGGAGAAGAAUGUCAGACCUGCAUGCUGCCUGUUCACGUGGGGACGUUGAGAAAGUGUUAGAACUUCUGCGAGGUGGAACGAAAACAUCGUGCGUGAACGUACGCAUGGAGACGCCUCUCCAUGUCGCAUGCGCACUUUCGCGGGGCAGAACGGAAGAGAAGAUGGAGAUUGUGAAACAGUUGCUGCUGCAUGACGCGCCCCUGCAAGAGGAGGAUGCGCGCGGGCAAACGCCUCUCAUGCUCGCCUGCGAAACAGCCAGCGUGGAUGUUGUAGUCGUGCUGCUAGACAAUGGAGCCAACGUUCGCAAGCGUUACCGUGACGGCAGAACGAUGCUGCACGCAGCCGUGGCCGGCGGGAACGCGCGGGUCCUGGAUCUGCUUCUCGCGCGCGACUCGAUUGAUAUCAACGCGAGAGACAGCAUCGGGUCGACGCCGCUGAUGCCGACGGCUUGCUAUUCCCGGCUGGACAUCGUUCGCCUGUGCAUGCAACUGGAGGCCAGCAUGGCCAACUUGGCCAUGACGAAGACCGGGGAGACGCCGCUGAUGAUGGCGCUGGAGGCCGGUGCAGAUCCAAACGUCGCCGAGGCGAAGAGCGGAGAGACGCCGCUGAUGAUGGCGGUGAGGGAGGGCAAGGAGGCGGCGGUGCAGAUGCUGCUCUCACACGGCGCCGACGCCAACGCCGCAAACUUGUACAGACAUACCUCCCUGUACCGCGCGGCUUGCUCUGGCCGGCUGUACAUCAUGCACCUGCUACUGGAGGCCGGCGCCGACCCCAACGUCGACGAGACGAAGAGCAGAGUGAGGCUGCUGGUGAUGGCGGUGAGGGAGGGCGAGGAGGCAAUGGUGCGGAUGCUGCUCUCACACGGCGCAGACGCCAAUGCCGCAGACUCGUACAGACAGACCUCCCUGCUCAUCGUGGCUCGCUCUGGCCAGCUGGACAUCAUGCGCAUGCUACUAGAGGCCGGCGCAGACCCCAACGUCGCCGAGACGAAGAGCGGAGUGACGCCGCUGAUGAUGGCAUCAAGGAACGGCAAGGAGGCGAUGGCGCGGAUGCUGCUCUCACACGGCGCCGACGCCAACGCCGCAGAAUCGCACGGAUUGACCUCCCUGCACAUCGCGGUUCGCUCUGGCCAGCUGGACAUCAUGCGCCUGCUACUGGAGGCCGCAGCCAAGCCCAACGUCGCCGAUACGAUGAGCGGGACGACGCCGCUGCUGAUGGCGGUGAGUAAUGGCGAGGAGGCGAUGGUGCGGAUGCUGCUCUCACAUGGCGCCGACGCCAACGCCGCGGGCUUGUACGGACAGACCUCCCUGCACCAAGCGGCUUGCUCUGGCCAGCUGGACACCGUGCGCAUGCUACUGGAGGCCGGUGCUGACCCCAGCGUUGCCGCGACGGAAAAAAUGGGAAGUUUCACCGCGUUGCACUACUCCUGUGAUCGACUUCAAACCGAGAUGAUUGCUCUCCUCUUGAAACACGGAGCUGACCCGAACCUCGUCGAUUGUAACAAGAUGAUGCCACUGGCUAUAAUAGGCAGCGAGGCGGAGGUGAGAAGCCUGGGUGAGCGAGUAGCACUCGCAGCACCAGCAGAACAAGCGGGGUCAGUGGUACAAGCGGCGUCAGCUCUCCUACAGACGUGCGAGUCCGCCGGCGUACUUCUACAGGUUAACACACGCGACAGCGUGGGCGACACCCCACUGCACAGCUUCUGUAGGGCGAUGCUCGCAUGCAAAGAUGAUGUUUACGUGCGAGAGAGGGAUGGGUGGGUGCAGAUAGUGCACGCGCUGCUGUUCAACCACGGCGCACACGUCGACGUGGUGAACGCACGGGGAGAGACACCGUACGAACUCUGGCGCCGGAUUUACCUGACGCGUUUCCACUGCAACAUGCAGUCGAGCGACGAGAUACAUGGCAGAAUGAGCGCGCAGUAUCAUUCGCUGGAGUGCCACUGCGCGCGCGUUAUCGUCAGACACAGCGUUGCAUACGAGAACAGGCUGCCUCCGAGUCUCAUAGAAUUUGUCAGGGCACACGCUAGACCAACGUAGGCGACACUAAGCACGUUAACCGAGGAAGCCCAUGUAGGAUCGGAGAUGCGAUAACCCAGAAGAUAUUAUUAAUACUUGGUAGAAAUUCUAUGUUCUAAUUGUUGCACUUAAUUGUUGGCAGACGUGUUUCAUUGCAAUGUAAAAUCGAGUAUAUGUAGUAACACUAUUCAGUUUAUAUAGAAAUGUGUAGAUUAUCGGUA